CAAUUCGAAUGAUUGUGUUUCAUUUUACAACAUAACUUUUUAAUAUAGGUGAUACGCCAUCGGCCAUACUCUUUUGGCGUAAUAAAAUCAGCGCCUGAGUGAAAGUAAUAUCAAAUUAUAUCUGAGUUAACUUGCAAUCUAAAACUCUUAGAAAGGAGCAAUAUUUGUUAAUGUUUUUUUAGAAUGCCGCGCAAACGUAAAAGAUUAGGUAGGCCUCCAGGAUCCAAAAAUAUUAAAUCCAAGAAAACUUCCGAGGAAACAGUAAUUAAGACCGAAAAUAACGCUGACGAAUGUAAUGAACAAACAAAUAGUUGUUCUUAUUGCAAUCGAACAUUUGAAUCCAGAUUUUGUUUACUUCGCCACCUUAAGUACUGUUCAAAACCUUUGACGGUGCCUGAUGUUGGUAAACCAAUUAAGUCAACAUUUACUUGCAAGCAAUGUCACAAGAAAUUUAGAUUCAAAAAGAGCUAUACUAAUCACCUUCGAGAUGAGCAUUCAAAUACUCCAGGCAGUAUUGCUUGCAGUCAGUGUUCAGUAGUAUGUCCUAAUAAAGAAAUAUUAACAAAACACAUUGAAAACAUACAUCAGAGAGAGAUAUUUGAAUGUGAACACUGUGGUAAAAAGUUCGUAAGACGCUCUCAUGUCUUAAGACAUAUGAUGCAAAGAGGGUGUGAUGGAAGAAAUGUGUCUGUGUUUCCAUGUGAGAUUUGUGAUGCAACAUUCUCAAGGAAGGAUAACUUGAUGGUCCAUCUUCGCAUGCAACACAUAGCAAGCAAAUUUUUUAGCUGUAAACUUUGUGAUUUUCAAACAAGAAAUUUUUCAAAAUUAAUUGUUCACCACCAAUGUAAACACAUAGAAACACCACAAUUUGAGUGUGAUCAUUGUGGCAAAGUAACUAGUUCUCGAGGAGCCAUUGCUAAACAUUUGGAGAUACAUGGUGAAAAGAAAUAUGCAUGCGAUGUGUGUGGCUAUAGUACAUUCACUAUAGAAGUGAUGCGCCGUCAUGUGUUUACCCACGUGCCAGAAAAACCUUACAAGUGCAACUUAUGUAAACGAUCCUACAUCCAGAAGGUGCAAUUGCAACGUCACAUGGAAAAACAUAAUGGUAACACUUGUACAAAAUGUGGCUUGUCAUUCCAGUCGAAAGCAAGAUUGUUAAUUCAUGAAAGAGAACACAUGGGAUUGACAAAAUUACUGUGUCCAAUUGAAACAUGUGUUUAUUCAAAAAAAGAAUUCAGCAAUGAAGAGAGUCUACAAGCUCAUGUGAAAAUGCAUUUGGAUGAGAAACCAUACGAAUGCGAGGUGUGCCCGAAAAGAUUCCACAGCGACGCGAACAUGCGGCGGCACAUGAGCACGCACGCGCUGGAGCGGCCGCGGCGCUGCAUGUACUGCGUGGCUGCGCGAGCCUACGUGCGUGGCGAGCAGCUCGUGCGACACGUGCGCAAGUCGCACCCGCAGGUGUUCCGCGAGCGACUGCUGCACGUGCGCCGUGUGCUGGGUUCCAAUUUGGGCAUGGAUCGUGUGAGAAAGUCAGAAUUGGAGUCCAUUUUAAAUGUGCUAGACGCCGAAUCGGAUCGCAUAUUAGAAGGUUAUGGGCAGGGUGUUCUUUACGGCGGAUUACAAGAACAAACACAAUCAGAAAUGGAAGAUGAACACAUACAAGAAGAUGAGGAUUCACCUUUAAUGUCUGAAGAGGAACUGGCUGAAAGUCUGAAGAAGUUACUCACUCAACUCAUUGACAAUGAAAUGCUCGAGUGCUUUGGUUGGCCCGAUGAGUCUGUGGAUGUGGUGUUAGAAAAAGUCAUCGAAAAUUGCGGUGCAAAGGCAGCUGAUCGCGACAAAUGGACGCGCGUGCAACGCCUACGUGAAAAUGCCAAGCAUUUGUUCCUUUACGUGAUAGAAGACAAAAAUAUUGCACGCAUGCUCGACACGCACACCAUAGACCAGAUCAUCAAUCACAUACUCGAUCAAGUUAGUAAGCCCGAUGACAGUGAUAAUGAAAAUGAUAAUAUUAAGCAAAUGGCGUAAAUAAAUUAUAUAAGACGAUAUUAUUAAAGUUUGUCUCCUAAAAUUAUGACUAUGUGUACAUAUAUUAUACUUGUGGUAGGGCUUUGUGCAAGCUCGUCUGGGUAGGUACCACCCACUCAUCAGAUAUUCUACCGCAAAACAACAGUACUUAUUAUUGUUGUGUUCCGGUUUGAAGGGUGAGUGAGCCAGUGUAAUUAUAGGCACAAGGGAAAAAAUCUUAGUUCCCAAAGUUGGUGGCAUUGCCUAUGUAAGCGAUGGUUGACAUUUCUUAGAAUGCCAAUGUCUAAGGGCAUUGGUGACUACUUACCAUCAGGUAGCCUUCGUAUUCACUAUUUUUCGUAUUCACACUUAUACUUGGUAUAAGCACGUCCGCCUUCCUAUUCUAUAUAAAAAAAAAAAAAAAACAUUCUGAAGGAUUUAUUUUAUUAAAAUCGAUAAAUUAAACAAAAAAUAUUUUAAUAUCAUUUACUUGUAGUAUAAAAUGUUGACUGUGGCUCUGCUUUAUACAUAAUUAUAAUCAAAUAGAUUUCUCCGAGUCAAAAAAUUAUGAGGAUUUGUUGUAAGAAAACUUUUUAAUAUAAUAUUUUAUAUAAAAAAUAAAAAAAAAUAUUAUAUUUGAACUUAAAUAAUAAUAUGAUCUAGAAUAUAUAAAAAUAUGUACUUUCAUUAUGCAAAAUAACUAUUAUUUGACAUAUUAAAGAAUUUUAUCAUUUAUCAAUAUAAUUUUUAUAUUGGAAUAUUUGUCAGUAAAUAAUAACUCCAAAUAUUUAAGAAAACCCAAUAUUAUAAAAAAAAAGUUGCUUUAUUCAAAUGGUUUGUGUAUAUUAUGUUUUUAAUAAUAUUUUAUGACUGUUUUUGUUUAUAUUAAAACUUGCUUAAAAUAUUGAUAAUUAUAAUAGUGAAAUUAGUGCUUUCCACCAUUAAAAUUCCUACUGAAUUAUGGUGAAACUUAGAAAUCCUGCUUCACUACUUACAUUUCUUAUGGACAAUGUUAAUUAGGAACAAAGAAAUGAUUUAACUAUUUAUAAGGCUAUACUUUCGUGAAAGUUUAAAUAUUAUAAGUAGUUAAAAAAAAUAUUGGUGUUGGAUAUAGCGACUACAUUUAUAUGCAUACAUUUUAUUCUAAGGUAAUUUUUAGCAUAUGAUGGCAACUGAAAAGUUUAUAUUUUCAUACCAGUUGUAGGGGUAUGGUUCAAUCACUGCAAAUGUUUAAUGUGAUCUGAGUUUUUAAUUAUGUUAUGCACAAUUCUGGACCCCUGACUGGUAAUUGAAUAGGGUCAUUGAAUAUGAAAUGUUUAGAAUAAAAAUUAUAUUUUUAUAAAAUAAUAUUCGUAAAUAAGUGCCUUAAAAUUAUGUGGGCUUACAACCCAUAUCUAAGAUAUUGGAAUUAUUAUGUUUUAAUUAUACAUUUCUUUUACUUUGUACUAAGCUGGGUUUAUGUUAAUG